CAUCAUUUAUCUUUAUCAGCAUAUUUGGACUACAUAAACUUCCUGUGCUCAAUACCGGGUGUGGAUCCACAAGAGGUCUCAAACAUCACAAGCUCACAAUGCAAUGCCACUCAUGGCAAACCCUCUGAUCUCAACACCCCAUCCAUCACAAUUUCUCAUUUAGUGGGAACCCAGACUGUCAAGCGCACAGUUACCAACGUGGCUGAGACCGAGACCUAUGUCAUCUCCACCAGAAUGUCACCAGAGAUUGCCCUUGAUGCCAAUCCUCCUGCCAUGACGGUCCUUGCCGGCUCGUCCAAGGCGAUUUGGGUGAGCCUAACGGUGCGUUCUGUGACAGGUAGAUACAGCUUUGGUGAGGUACUUCUGAAAGGUGACAAAGGGCACUUUGUAAGGAUUCCCGUGGUUGCCAUGGGCUUCAGUAGCUGAAUGAAUGCUGCGCUUCUCUAUGUUUUUCUUCUUAUAGGAAUGUAUUAUUCUUUGUAGUUUUGUAAAAUAAGACGUGCAUCUAGAAAGGCUUUGUUUUGUAAAUUAGCUAUAAAAGUUUUAAAAA